AUGGCCGCGUGUCCCGGCCGGCUCUGGCUGCUGGGCCUGGCGCUGUGCGCGCUGAGCGGCGGCGGCCCCGGCCCGCGCCCCCCGCCCGGCUGCCCGCAGCGCCGCCUGGGCCCGCGCGAGCGGCGCGACAUGCAGCGCGAGAUCCUGGCGGUGCUCGGGCUGCCCGGGCGGCCCCGGCCCCGCGCGCCCCCCGACGCCGCCCGGCUGCCCGCGUCCGCGCCGCUCUUCAUGCUGGACCUCUACCACGCCAUGGCCGGCGACGAGGACGGCGGGGCCCCCGCGCGGAGCCUGGGCCGCGCCGACCUGGUCAUGAGCUUCGUCAACAUGGUGGAGCAUAACCGAGCCCUGGGCCACCAGGAGCUCCACUGGAAGGAGUUUCGCUUUGACCUGACCCAGAUCCCAGUGGGGGAGGAGGUCACAGCCGCCGAGUUCCGGAUUUACAAGCUGCCCAGCACCCACCCGCUCAACAGGACCCUCCACAUCAGCAUGUUCGAGGUGGUCAGGGAGCAGUCCAACAGGGAGUCUGACUUGUUCUUUUUGGAUCUUCAGACGCUCCGAGCUGAGGACGAGGGCUGGCUGGUGUUGGACGUGACAGCAGCCAGUGACCACUGGUCGUUGAACCCUAACAAGGACCUGGGACUCCGCCUCUACGUGGAAACAGAGGAUGGGCGCAGCGUGGACCCUGGCCUGGCUGGUCUGCUGGGGCAACAGGCACCGGGCUCCAAACAGCCUUUCAUGGUCACCUUUUUCAGGGCGGGCCCCAGCCCCAUGCGAGCCCCUCGGGCGGCGAGGCCCCUGAAGAGGAGGCCACCGAAGAAAACCAAUGAGCUGCUGCACCCACACAAACUCCCUGGGAUCUUUGGUGAGGCCUGGGGCUGGGGCUGAGGCGGGCUUUUGGUGAGAACCAGGACAGCCCUGGUCCCGUGCCAGGUGCUGCACCUGGGGGCUCGAGGGGCACUGGGCUGGGACUCACCUUCUCCCCUUCUCCUGCAGGACUGGGUCAUCGCCCCCCAGGGCUACUCGGCCUAUUACUGUGAUGGGGAGUGCUCCUUCCCGCUGGACUCCUGCAUGAAUGCCACCAACCACGCCAUUCUGCAGUCCCUGGUGCACCUGAUGAAGCCAGACGCAGUCCCCAAGGCGUGCUGUGCACCCACCAAGCUGAGCGCCACCUCCGUGCUGUACUAUGACAGCAGCAACAACGUCAUCCUGCGCAAGCACCGCAACAUGGUGGUCAGGGCCUGCGGCUGCCACUGAGCCACCCUGGGCCACUGCAGUGCCGCGCCCGCACCUAGCCCCUCCGGAGGCCAGAAACCCUCAAGUGCCAUCAUAGCUGGGUGGGGCAGCAGGGAGGGCCCUUGCAUCCCUGUCUACAUCCCCUCCAUUUGUGGUGGACUGUCCCAACCAACCAUGGUGAGCCCGGCGCACACAGGCCACCUCAGAGGACAGUCUGCUGUCGGCCACAAGUCCUAUCUUAGGAGCUGUCGUCGGCCAUUCCUGCCCUAGACUGGCCAACCCGGGGGGAGUACAAGGAGCAGCCAGGGCAUGAGGUUGUCUGGGUGGACUGUGAAACCCUCACCACAGGAUUUGAUGUGGGAGGGGGGUCUGCCCCUGCCCAGGCACAGCGCUGGGCAUUUCCAGUGUAGACAUGCACAUGCCUGGCUGCAGGGUAUUCCUGGGUUCCUCACUUGGCCCGCUGAUAGUUAGCAGGUUAGGAAAAGAACAAGCUGCAUGGGCCUCAGGCUAAGGCUGAACUGAUGGGGACGUUAAUGGUAGUGUCUUCCCUUGCCUGGGCCUGCCCUCCUCCUGACUGGGGAAGAGUGUGACCCCUGGAGAAGCAAAGGACUUUGGGAACUUCAGUUCCCUUCACCACCUCUAUGUGGGGCUCAGCAUGAGACAGUUAACUCUUAGCAGAAGGACGAGGGCUAUAGUGGGUGUCAGGCCUGCAAACAACAGUCCAGACAAGUCUCCUUCUUGAUUCAGGCUUCACUGUCCCUGUACCCUUGCUCAUGGCCACCCUGGGGACUUCCUCCAUGGAAUCUAGACAAGGCCUCAACACCCUUAGCACAUAAACCCAGACAGCCGACAGCCACUCAGUUGAAAUGAACUCGGUUUCCCCCUCCUGCCUUGCUGAGAAGCAAUCCACUCCACCCAGAGCAUGAUGCCUGGGCCACCUCUGGCCAGGUGUGGGGCAAUGGUGCACACUGCCAGUAUCUGUUAGAACAGAGGAGUUAAGAACAGGCCUCUGCUCACCAGCCUGUGUCACCCCAUGUGCCCAGGAACCCUGUCCUGUUUUUCAGAGCCUGUGAGCCAAAGAAAAGGCCCCUGUCCUAGCGGAGUGACAGGCAGUAAUUAGGCUGACCUGGGUGGGGGGUCCCGGAAACCACUGUUCUCCUUGGAGCAGCCACCACCGGUAGCUGGAGUGUUUAUUUGAUUUGACUUGCUAAGCCUGUAAUUAACCUGCUGAGGCAGACACAGUCCAGCUGCCUGAACCCUGAAAUACUGUGUCAUUAAAAGCAGAUGCUGUGCCAGCCUCAACCCAUGGGCACAGCCCAGCUGAGGUGGAGCAACAUAUGCCUGAGGAUUCGCAUCUCUGGAAUUCACUCUGCUCCUUGAGGAGGGGUCCCAGGAGAGCAGGUCUGGCAGCAAUGGGCAGGGGGAGAGGCUGGAGCCUCACUGUGGGACAGCAGCCCCUCCCCACGUACAGAGGGCAGGCGGGCCCUGUCUGGAAGGUGGCAUGUUUCCCAUUGCCUGGGGCUUUGAGCUCCAGUUGGCAGGGAUUGAGCCAGGCAGUGGCUGGCAUGCCAGGAGACCCCCUUAUAUUCUCAUUCCAGCUCAGUCACUGACCUGGAGUCCAGUCACUGACCUGCUUGGUGUCCAGACAAGUCCCCUUCUUGAUUCAGGCUUCAGCUUCCCAUUUGUGCCAUGACAACACAAAACCCCAUCUCUAAAGGCCCUUCCAAACAGAGUAUCUGCCUGCCCCCUGCCCCCUGCCUCCUGCCCCUCUCCUCUCUCACAGCCCAGAUGCAGCCCACACGCCCAGCAGCCACAGGACUGCAACCUGCCAUUCCAGGCCAUUCACUUAACAGCUCUCGCCUCCCAGGAACUACAGCAGUAGAGACUUGGCAACUUUUGAAAAAUGUCAAUGUUUGGUCUCUUCAAUGACUGGCACCUAACCCAACAUGCUCUGGGGGUACAGGAAGCUUGUGAAACGAAUGUUUUGCAGAUGCAGACUGCCUUGUCCACCAGGUGUGCUGGGCAGGAACAUGCAUCAUGGUAUGACUCCCUUUCCCUGCAGUAAAGCCAGAAGUUCGGCAAUCAUGGCCUUUCUGACAGACUUCUAGCGCCUUCAGCCACCCAGAGCACCACCAAAUGAAAUCAAAUAGAUUUCGUUCUUUCGGAGAAGGGAGAGAAUUACAGUCACAAAGCUGCUGAGGGGGCAGUGUUUAGUUACCAAAGCCAUCUUGUUUAUCUGGUUGCCCCUGUCAGCCCAGGGAACACAAGGCCCCACACUAGGAGCAUAAAUACGGGUGGUCACAGCAGGCCUGCGGCCCUCCAGGGUAAGGCCUUGCCACCCCACCACCCCACAUCUUCACAACUGCUACCCAGCUCUGGCCCCCAAUGAGUGCAUCAGGCAAAGCCUGUUCCUUUGUGUCCCAAGGCAGGGAAGUGGGCAACAUGCUUCAGGAAAUUCCCAACAAUUUCAUAAGAGAAGAGGCUGUGCACGGGAGGUGGGUUUUGGAGUCAGGAGACCUAGCACCAAAUGCUGGCUCUGCCUCUUGUUAAUCCGACCACACUGCGUGACCUCUGAUGUAGAAGCCCUGCCUCUGUGGAAUGAGGUGUUGGUUCUGCUCUUGGAAGGCCAUCUUGGGGACCAGAUCUGUCCUCAGAGCACUCAGCUCCAUGCCUGCCAAUGUGUGCUGAAUGAGUAGCAUCUAUUAGGGAUCCUAUUUUAAAUGAAAUGUGCAACUUUGGGCCUCCCCAUGUGCCUUCCUGUUGAAACUACUCCUCCAGGAUGUGCCCAGGAGGCAUUACUGUAUUCCUUCAAAGCUGUGGCUUUUCCCCCAAAUCUAAGCUUGGUAAUGCUGGGAUGAGGCAGGGACUUGCGCCAUCCUCUGCCUGUGGGAGGAGCCAGCAGUGCCCUGCAGUGGCUGGCCUGGGCCUCUGCUGAGGACACGGCAGCAUUUCGCCCCUGCCCGCUCCGGAGGUCCUGCCUGCUUCACAGGAAGCUGAAGGGAGAAGCCUGGGUCUCUCUUCUUACUGGGAAGCCUUGAGCAAGCAUUUGGCUCCCUUUCUAAAAAGUCUGUUUCCCUCACUUAAGAAAAUAUGACACAUGUGCCAGGGAAAUUCUUGAAAAUAAAAAAUAAAAUAUAAACACAGAUAAUCCCACCACACAGAGACAGCUAUUCCAAUCUUUUUCCUUGACACAUACAUAUUUGUCUUUACAUAUAUAUAACAUAUGGAUAUUUUACAAAGUUAGAAUCAUACCUCACAUACUGAUUGGUGAUGUGAUUUAAUCUAUGAUAUAUUUUGAAAAUCUGUUAUUAAAUAUUCCAUGAAAACA